CGACACGCAUCAGCCGCUUGAAGCCCGACGUGGCACGUCGCCCUGCGGGCGGGCCAUGGCGUGCUGCCGUCCUUCUCGCCCAGCGGAGGAGCCAGUUGGUUCCCAAAGAGCGCUUUCGGGCCGACGGCAGGUGCCUCGGGCGUUAUGCCUCAUUACGCUUUGUAGUUGCAUCCUCCUACGGAGAAGUGACUCCUGCUUUGCUACUAGGGCUGGUGCCACGGCCCGAGCCGCGACGGCCGCAACGACGCUUCGAGCGGCCACGCCAGCAUCGAUCACAAUCUCCCAGAAGAUGAGUGAGUUGGAUGAGCGUGUGAAAGCCGUCGAGAAGCCGGAGGAGGAAAUGUACUGGAGGGUGUUGGCUUACUGCACUGCAUGCAGAACACCUUGGUGCAAAUUGCCUUGGCGAAAACAUACCUGCCUCAAGGGUGACGCCAAGGCUGAAGGAACUCGGGGCACGCGUUGUGAUAUGUCCUGGGAAGCGUAUACUGACAUCCUGACGAAGUCCGUGCCGUUGAUCUCCCACAAAAAGGCCCAGAUCCUGACCAGGGAGUGCUGGCGGCAAGGGGAUGCUGACCCCAGCGGCAUUGGGGUAGUCACCGUGUGUAUCGUGCCCAAGGUCGCAGCCGAGGAGUACGGCGCAAGCCUGGGGCGAAAUGGAAUUCAAGCCAGCGUCGUGCCUGACAGCUUCUACAAGGGCCCGAAGAAUGACACGUGAUGACGGCUAUGGCCACUCGGCAUCAAGCUUCAUAUUGAACAAAGGGUGGCGUGGUGAGCUUGAACAAAAUCCGUAGCCCCAGGCAUAACGAAGAACAUUAGGCAAAGAAUGCAAAA